GGUUCAAUACGUCGGCACCGGGGCGCGAGUGGGGGCUCCUCCAGUCGGUUAAGUGGUCCCUCCCCGGCUCCCUUCCCAAUCCCUCCCAGCAGCUCCACGGAUGGCAUCCUCCUAAACCCGCUGGCUGGACAACCACAAUGCAAAUAAUGGUUCGCUGAUUAUAACAAUUUCCUAAAAAGGCGAAUGUUCCCAAAGCUGUGAAAAGGCACGAGAGAGGAGAACACGGAAGAAAACACACGGAGACCGUUAACCUCGCUAGGCAACGCUAACGAUAAGAACAAAGAUGCCUGAGGUCCGGGACCUUUCUGAAGCAUUGCCAGAGAUGCACAUGGACCCAAUCACUGGAGUGGGAGUAGUAGCCUCCAGGAACAGGGCCCCCACUGGAUAUGAUGUGGUUUCUGCAACAACAGACGGCCUGGAUGCUGACCUGUGGAAAGAUGGCCUUUUCAAAUCCAAGGUGACGCGCUACCUCUGCUUCACCAGGGUCUUCUCUAAGGAAAAUAGCCAUUUGGGCAAUGUUCUUGUGGACAUGAAGCUGAUCGAUAUAAAGGACACUCUGCCUGUGGGGUUCAUCCCCAUCCAAGAGACUGUUGACACCCAGGAACAAGCCUUCAGGAAGAGGCGUCUCUGCAUCAAGUUUAUCCCACGGGACUCCACAGAGGCCGCCAUCUGUGACAUCCGGAUCCUGGGACGCUCUAAGCAGGCCCCCCCACAGUACACCUUCAUAGGGGAGCUUAACAACAUGGGGAUCUGGUACCGGAUGGGGACCGUCCCUCGGGCCCAGGACUCCACACACACACCAACCACCAACAACGUCCACGUGAGCUCGUCCUCCAGCUCUGCGCCUGUCCCACCUGCUCCCAUGCUCAAACAUAUUUCCAUGACCCUCCCAGCCAGCUUCAGAGGGAAGAACACUACCAGGCCAGACUAUGAGCACCAGAACUCCAACCUGUAUGCUAUCUCAGCGAUGGAUGGAGUCCCUUUCAUGAUCUCCGAGAAGUUUGCCUGUGCCUCGUCUGAUCUGCAGCAGGUGGAUCUGAUGGGCAUUACUAUCAAGUCCCUGGCUGAGAUCGAGAAAGAGUAUGAUUACAGUUUCCGCACGGAGCACAGUGCAGCAGCCCGCCUCCCACCCAGUCCAACCAGGACCUCCAUGAGCUCUGAGGCCUGAGGACACCGGCCCGCAGGAGAGACCCAUACACCACUACUGAGCACCCCGAGAGGAAGAAACUACAACAGCAAAUAUGUCAUGGUCUCUAUGUGUUAGUUUUGCUGAUGAAUUGUAAAGGAAAGUGAAACCACUAAGAGCAGAUCAAAGCAGAACCCUGAGGGAUUCCGGGUGAAACCACUAUGUCCAACAUGAAUGGAAUGACCCAUUGUUGGACAAAACAAACCUUUCUUGGUCAAGGAAAAGGUAAAGGACUCAUCCUAUUCAUUUCCCCUGAACUAUGGUGAAGUGUUGUUGCCAGACACCCCGCCCAGCCUGAAGAUGAAGCAUGAUGGAGGCCGCUCUGACCAUCAUGCCAUCAUGCUUCCUUGUUCCAGGCCCAGCUGCUGCUCUUUGAUUGGCCAGGCCCAGCACCACAGGGCCAGUCCUCCCAGCUCAUGUUAGGAAAUGUCAUGUUAUGGGACUUAGCAUAUCUUGAUGGGGAAUGACGUCAUUGUUCUCUCGAUGUUACUGUAAUAUAGCGGUGUGGCUGUGAGUGCACUCUGUGUUUGGGAUUGUGUCCGUGUGCUUCCUGUUCCCACAGAUGUUCCUCACACACGCUGUACCACUGUUCUGUUCCUGUGAUCACUGCUGACGUCCUGUCGGCCAGUUGUUUAGGGCUGGGUAUCACGGUUCAUGUUAAUGAGCAACACCAGAACAAUACCUUACUAUGAAUAGAACCCCCAACCCCCCUGUGUGUGAUCUGAAACCCUCCUCCUUCCACGUGUCCGGUGAAGCCCAGCGACACACUGGGACUCAGCUGCAGAGAGUUCUGUAUGUAACAGGGGUUCUGGGAAUUCUGUCUGGCUGCCAUUACUCUAGCUGCUGCAAUGGUAACCGUGGAAACGUAGAGCAUCUCCCACAGACAGGUCAUCAUCGGAACAACUCCCGCUGCCACUGGAAUCAUCUCCAGCUCUCGGGAAAUGGGUCGGUGAAAACAGAAAUAACCCACACAGCAUUUCUGUUCAAAUGCCCAUCCCUGGCCGCUCUGGGUCCUUGGCUGUUUUUGAUCAGUUGGUACCACAGAGAGGUUUGAUACCCAGCCCUGGUUUCUCUCUCUCUCUCUCUCUCUCUCUCCCUCCACUAUUUCACUUUUUUUUUCAAGUACAAACUGCUUAACAAACUGAAAGAUGUUGGCGAGAGAGGUUUUUUUUUUUUUCUUCUUCUUUGAGCACACUGGGAAGGGGAAAGGUGUUGAGCCUACAGUGCACGUGUAUCCUCUGUAACUAUGGCAGCUCUUUACUUCAGCUUCCUGUUCCUUUUAGCUUGAAUCUGCUCUAGAAGUUGGAUCUUUUUAAUCAGCAGUUUUAUUUUUGACCGAGGACAGUUCUAAUGAGACCCAUGGAACCCUGGGAACCAGGCUGACUUCCAACCACAGUGUGUGUAAAGCAGCAUCUUUCUUGGAUGGAGCCACUCAGAGGAGUCGCCGUGGAACUGGUUCAGGCCGGCAACAAGCAGUCCUUCAGCAUUGGAAGACUUGGGAUUUGGGACAGGAACCCUAACCCUAAUUGGUAGAAAAUGUGAACUUAAAGGUGUCUUGUAAAGUUUAAUCUUUACUUUGAAGCGAUUGUAUCAGGGGUGUUCCUGUAAUCCAGUCUUUAAUUUGAUCCUUCAGAGCCCAACAGAACAGGAUUAUUCACAGCUGUACCCCUACCAACAGCUGAUAUUUUACACAGUCAGGUCCAGAUGACCUCCCACAUACUGUAUAUUUGACAUUUCUGUGAUAAUGUUUCUUGUUACUGAUGGGCAGCUCUCGCAUGUCCAGCUCUAUGGAGUAAGGUCUGGCUUCGCCACAGAUGCACUCUGGGAAAGGAAAAAGAAAACCAAAAGAAGCAAAACAUUUCCAGUGUGUAACUUGUGAUCUUGAAGUUGUUUCCCGUAGAGAACAGUCACCCAGAGAGAGGAAUGGGAGAGACGUUCCUGUCUCUGGGAGGAACUGCCGUUGAUCCAGACUACUGAAGGGCAAACAUGUAUGUGAUUCUUAGAGCGUCCAGGGCCUCAGCUCCAGGUUUACACACCGUGUGUAUUCAUAUAUUUCUUUUUCAGAUGUUUUAAUGCAAUCUCGAACCGUCCUCCAUGUGUCAUUCAUACUCACUGCUGCCUUUCUUGCUGAUUUUGCUGUUAAGCUUCUGUGAGUGAAAGGCGACCCCCCCAUCCCAGCAGGCCUUGGAGCCGUUAGAACUCUGUGUGGAUGCAGUAUUGUGUUGAGCUGUUCUAUAUUGCUUUUUCACUCCAUUUGUUCCAAGUGUGUCUGCAAUAUUACCAAGUCAUUAUAAUGCACGGACUAACUUCUUAUUUUAUACUUGUUAUUUGUCUAAUUUAUUGGUCAUGUCAGUAUUGUAACCAUGUUGUGCUAACAGCUGUGAAGUGUAACAUGUGGACCUGCCAGCUGCUCUGUGUGCGGUCUGCAUUAACAACCAAUAGCACGCCUGCUUUCAUAUGUCUGUUGUUGCUCUGCAUGGUGACUUGAGGUGUCACGUUUUAAUAGGUCAGUUAUUUUUGUAGCUUAUUGAGCCCAAGUUUAGUCUCAUAAAUAGGUUUUAUUUACAAAACAUGAACAAAACAGCAUCAAUUGAAUUAGUAUUAUAAGGAAGUUUUAUUAAACAAUGAUGAACUGAA